CCCCACUGCAGCCCAGCUCAAUGCCGCGACUCUCCACCCCCACAAUCCUGCGGGCGUACCAGCAAGAUCCGCUCCUCCCGCUGCUGCUCCGCGAAUGCCGCACUAUCGAUUCCGCCCGCAACGAGCUCCGCUGGCUCCGCCAACACGCCCUCGACCUCAUCAUACAAAACGAACCUCACCACCCGGAAGCUCCCCAACCAACCUCACCAGCCCCGAACCCUCCGCGUAAGAAUGCCGCCAUCAGAAAGGGAUGGCGCCGCACGCUCCGCGAAUUCUGCCACGCGCGCUCCCGCGGCACGCCGCUGCAAUACCUGCUGGGCGACCAACCGUUCGGGGACCUCACGAUCCUGUGCAAGCGGGGGGUGCUGAUCCCGCGCAACGACACCGAGACCUUCACGUACGCGGCGGCUUCGCAGAUCCUGCAGCACGCCUCCAAGGACAACAAACUCAAACCCAACACCACCACAGCCAAUAACCCGAUCACCACCCCACCCCAGAGUCCCCUGCGCAUCCUGGACCUCUGCACCGGAACAGGCUGCAUCGCGCUCCUUCUCCACACGCUCCUCUCGCGCGCCUACCGCACCAACCCUAACCCCCGGCCCCUCAAAAUCCUCGGCCUAGACAACAACCCACUCGCCCUCCGCCUCGCGUACCGCAAUCUAAUGCACAACCUCGCCCUGCGCACAUUACCCCCCUCCGCACCCUCAGACAUCGAAUUCCACCUCGCCGACGUGCUAUCCACAGCCGCCACAAACCCAGACAAAACCCCCACCCAAAAAGUCCCGAGCAUCGAGACUCUCCUCCAGCGCAUCCCGGCCUUCUGUCCCCCUUCCACUCCAGAUUCUUCUCAAGAGAAAACAAACGGAGCACGCGUGGACGUGAUCAUCUCGAACCCACCGUAUAUCUCGGCGCGGGCGCUGGUGGACGGGACCACCGCGCGGAGUGUGCGGGUUUAUGAGCCUUUAGCUGCUUUGGUUCCCCCUCUCUCCCUUUCAGGGGGGUUGGAGGGAGGGAGGGCGGAGGAUGUGUUUUAUGCGCGGAUUGUGGGGUUAGUGAAGGAGGUUGGGGCGCGGAUGGUUUUGUUGGAGUGUGGGGAUUAUGCGCAGGGGGAGCGGGUGGUGCAGCUUUGUCGGCUGAUGGUGGUUGGUCCUGAGGCUGGGAUGGGGAGGGAGUGGGAGGUAAAGAUUUGGGAGGAGGAUGAAGGUAGUGAUAGAGAUGUUGAGGGGAGUAAGGAGGGGGCGUGUUUGGUUGUGCUGAAGAGGGUCGGUAGUCAGUGA